AUUGUUUAACUAUAUCGCUACACUCUCCAAAUUCGUGAACUGGUCGGUGUACAUAAGAAAUUAAGAAUUUUCUGAAUUACGCAUUAAAUUUUACCUGAACAGCAACUCAUUGUUGACUUUUAUGUUUGGUCUCAAAGGUUUUGACUUGGAAAGUUGGAAGUACGAUAAAACCGUAAAAAUGCUCAAGCAAAUAGCAUAAGUAUCGUCCCUCCCCCGCCGCAAACAGUCACCAGUAGAAGUAAAACUGUAGGAGUGCUCUGUUUCUGAACAUCGGAAACCGUCUACGUGUCGCCAGAGAAUCUCACCCUUCUUGCUUCCUUGAUUCGAUCUCGCCGCAUCCUACGUCAACCCGACCAGAAUCUAAUGGGGCCUAGGUGGAAAGGAAGGGGCUUCAAAGCGAAAGCUCUUGCAGACCCCAUGUCAAAGAUAGUACUGCAGCUCCAGUCUUCUCUAAAUCAAUCAAAUUGUGAAGGAUUGCUAUGUGGGUGCAGUGUGCUUCUCUCAGUGGAAGCAGAACAAGCUGAUCUCCUUAACCGUUCGUGCUUUGGUGAAGCCAUGGUUACUGCUGAGAAGGAUAAGCAAUGGUUUGAGUUGAGUUUGGAGGAGGGCUUUUAUCUGAGCUAUGCUCUAAAAUGCCUCAGGAUAGUUGAAGAUAAAUGUCUGAAGAGUGAUGAGCAGCUAUGGCCGUGCAUGAAGUCUAGAAGUGCAUUGUUUCCGUAUUUUUAUAAGGCGUAUUGUCAUCUUAGAAUGAAGAAUUGGGUUGUUAUGUCGGGGAUUACAUAUGGUGCGGACUUUGUUGCUUACCGUCAUCAUCCGGAGUUGGUACAUUCUGAAUAUGCGGUGAUUGUGUCCUUGGAGGAGGAGGAGGGUGGUGCAAAUAAUCGAUUGAGGGUGUGGUCUGAUGUGCAUUGCGCUACUCGGCUUUGUGGAGGUGUGGCAAAGACAUUACUGGUUCUUGAUAUCAGCAGAAAUGGUCAUAGUGCAGACUCUCCAUCGUGUUUGGAGAGUUAUACUGUCAAGGAGCGCACGAUCACAAGAUGGAAUCCAGAACAGUGCCGCGAAGAUCAUACAAUGGUUGAAAGUGAAAAUGGAGCCAAGGAAGAGAUUUAGUAUUUUUAGUCUGCUGCUACCAAGUCAGAGGUAUGCCUCCCUAAUUGGAUAGAAUGAGCAACUAUUUAUUUGUUUGAAAAGAAUUGGCACUGAUCUGUGUAUUAUACUGAAUAUAUUGCUCAUCAAGGUUUUAAUCACAGUUCGUAAAUCAUAAAAGCUUCCUUGUAGGAAAUGAUGAAACUAAUAGUUUCCUACACAUCUGUAUAUUGCUUAUUGGAAGAUGAUUUUUAACUUUGGAAUCUCAGAAGAGGGAUACAAAGUGUAGAGAGUUACACUAUACACAGUAGCAUAUGAUACUGUGAUUAGCUUUUGUGUUAUAUAUAAUUGGCUACUUUUGAGUACA